UUAGGUGCUCUUGAAGGGUAGAGAGUCACCGCGGUCUAGUCAAUCGUAUUGGGAAUCGCACACGCAUUAUUGUUCAAACAAACGAUAGCCUCUGACGUCGUGGGGAGAGAAUUUACGCGCAGGACAACAUAUCUAUAUAUAUAUAUAUACGUGUAUGUAUGUGUAUUAAUAAGCUGAAAAGAAUUUACUGCUUAAUCCGUAAAGAAAUAAAUAUAUAUUAUAUAUAUUGACGGCGAAAUAUUGUGAACGAUUGACUUGUGGUGCAGUGACUCGCAAUGAAUUAGUUUGCUACUAAUAACAAAUUGUUAAAUGUAUAAGUGCCACAUGUAAACUUAUACACACAUGUAAACUUAUACACACAUGUUUGUGUGUAAAAAUUUACUUAUUUAAUGUUAUCUAAAUUGUACAUAUGAACGUAUGCAACUAUACCGCUCAACACUCCAUCUAAGUAGUGGCGAAUACGGAAAGUGUGAUAAAAAAUAUCGGCUUUGAAUUACGCGUCCGAAGUAAAUAUCUACAAUAUAUUCUACGUAAAUAAAUAUAUAUGAACAAACACAUGUGUGUGCACAUGCUUACAUAUUCGGCGUUCAGUUUGCAAGCAUAUGUGAUUUUGUAAACUCUUUCCUCUCCUUCCUUUCCGCCUCUAUGCUGAAUUCUGUUUAAUAUGCAAACGAGCAGUAGCAGCAAUAGCAGGGACAGUCGCCACAAUGUAGCAAUGACAACACCAGUCACUCCUGGCACGCCCGAUUCAGCGGGCAUAUUGAUUGGUGCUGCGGGUCAGGCGGUUUAUGAGAGGCGCAACAAAACCAUUCUCCACUACUUUCGCGAUCGUACACCGAGUCAUACCCGUACACAACAGCAACCACACUACUACCAGCACAACCCAGAGCAGCAAGUUGCAUUUGGUCGCCAACGUCAAGAAGCCGUCAUUUAUCUAAAGGAGCCGCGUUUUAUUAACAAACUGGCGCUACUGAAAAGUUCGAGCACACGCGAUCUGUCGCGUUUGAGGGUCGAGGAAAAAUCUGUCGAUAUUAUAUUGCCGACUACAGUGCAUUUUGAUAGCUCCACAAACAGUAGUAAGUCUUCAAGCGAACCGCCAGUGGCUCAGCGUAACCAACAGCGCAGCUUAGACAGUCUCUACUGUGAAGGGUAUUGUUCGAGACGUAUCACAGAACUAGAAAAACGUGUUACCCAAUUGGAGCAGCAAGUGCAAGCUGAACGAACGGUUGCCAAAGAUCUGUCCACGCGCAUACAGGAACUCAUACGUCGCGUAGAAGAUUUGAGCCAGUUUAAGGCGUCAGAUAAACGAAAACUUGGUAGUUUUCGUAAGAAAGGUCCGCAGGCAAAUACAAAUACGCAAGCAUCUGUGCAGCCGUCAAAGUUGGAGAAGUGGAUGAAUUUGUCGAAUUGGUUUAAGCAACGCCCCAGUAUCGCAACUUUAAAGGAACAAAAUAUCUACAAUGAUGAACCUUGUUUCGACACAGAUAUCGAAAAGGUCUCGAAACAUGAGAUCCAUAAAAACGUACCGAAAAUCGUUGUGGACUGCUGUGAUUUAAUUUAUGAACGCUAUCGCAAGGGUUCGGAGGGCAUCGAGGGCAUAUAUCGACAGUGUGGGGAUUAUAAUAAAAUUCAAACUUUGCGCUUUCGUAUUGAUGCAAAUGAUUAUGAGUCAUUAAGGCAACCGAAUAUAGAUAUCCAUACUUUAACAGGCUUGCUCAAAUUAUUUUUGCGCGAAAUUAAAAGCCCACUGGUGAGCGCGAAUGAAGCGAAAACUUUUAUUGGUAAACCGAAUCAGUGGCUACUGACUGAUUUGACAACGAAAAUCGAGAUCUUGAAAAAACUGAUUCGAACUUUGCCGGAAGUCAAUCGUGAUACAAUGAAUUACAUAUUCGAACAUUUCAAUAAGCUGACGAAAGUGCCUUUACAACAAAUCAGCGCCGAUACACUUGCCAUAUCCAUAACACCAACCAUUUUCCAUCCCCUACAGAAGGGUGCUAAUACGGCGGACUUGCAGGAAAUAAUUAAGGAGGGCCAAUUGCUAGCAGAUUGUGUUAAAAUAAUGAUCGAAUAUCAUAGUCGUAUAUUCGAAUGCCCGGUCGAGCGGCGGAGGAAACGCAUAAGUGUGCAGCUUCUCCGGAAAACCCUAUCACAACCGGAUUUAAUUUUUCAAAAUUUAUUUUAAGUAAAUUUGUAUGUGUACAGUAUUUCAUAAUGUAAUAAAAAGUCUGUA